CAGACCUUUGCAGACACGUAUACAUACUGUCUUGUCGCUGAACUUAUUGGUGUAAUUGUAUUUCUCUGUUACACAAUCAACAUCCAGUCGCCACUUUUCGGAUUCUCAACACAAACGUCCCUGUAUACCUACCUACUGAACGAUGCCAGUUGGAAUUGAAGCCUGGGUGACGCAGAUCCCGCCUAUUACUCGCGCAUGGCUGGCUCUCUCAGUGCUCACCAGUGUAGCAGUUCAAUGUCAGAUUGUGACGCCUCUGCAGCUGUACUUUAGCUACAAGUCUGCGUUUGUCAACUUCCAAAUAUGGAGAGCGUUCACAACGUUUUUCUACUUUGGAUCGCUCUCGUUGGAUUUUGUGUUCCACAUGUUCUUCUUCAUGCGUUACAGUAGACUUCUUGAAGAGUCCUCUUUCGCCAACCGAAAAGCAGAUUACUUCUGGCUAUUAUUCCAAUCAGGCAUCCUCCUCCUAGCAGUCUCACCACUAGUGAACCUUCCCUUCCUCUCAUCACCUCUCGCCUUCGUCCCAAUAUACCUGUGGUCAAGACGUCAUCCGUCAACACCAAUAUCGCUUUUCGGGCUUAUUACAAUUACGGCUCCUUACCUGCCGCUUGCGUUGGUUGGGCUCGCUUGGGUAUUGAAUGGAACUUGGCGAGCUGCUGCAGGUGAUUUGGUCGGGUGCGCGGUAGGACAUAUUGGAUGGUUCGUGAGGGAUGUCUGGAGUAGAGAGAUGGUCGGUGGUCCGACUGUUUUCAGUGAAGCACCGGACGUAGUAAAGCGACUUUUUGGUGAAUUGUAGAAACUGGAUGCCCAUCCGAUUCUUGUACUAUAAGUAAUGAAUGGAACAUCUUACUAUGCCAGUAUCAUGGUCUUUGAAUGUUUUACUGCAUUAUACAGUCUUUGUGUGUG